GGUCCACUGGGUUCGCUUGGAUGGUAGUGUGUGGAAUGGGAGCCAUGGUAGCUACCCCAUAUAUUCUUCAUUCGGGCUAUGGUGAAUCUUUUCCUUACUGGCUGCUCGCUUCGUUCCUGUUACUCGGUGCCUUCCUGGGUCUCUUCCUCCCAGAGACUAUCGGCCUACCACUUCCCCAGACUUUCGAUGACGCUGAGAAACUGGGCAAAAGACGGCCCCUUAUGACCUGGAUCCACUACUGGAAUCAACACAGGUAUAUGCCAGUCUCCUCUGAGGAACCUGACAAUCUUGAACUCAAAAGAGGUGAGAAAGAGAACUAAGGGUUUCAGUUUACUAGACUGUACAAGAACGGACAGAUGUAACAACACUCACCCUUACAUUGCCCAAGAGAAAAACCCCAUGUAAUAAGUCAUCAAUUAUCCCCCAAGUGACGUAAAUU